CGGCGGCGGCGCGGGAAGAGCGGGGACGGGCCGCAGCCGAGGGUGACACUGAGGCGGGCGGGAAAGCCGCGAGUGCGGGGCUGAGGAGCCAUGCACACCUCCAGACUCUUCACCCUCGUCCUGGUGGUGCAGCCGUCCCGCGUCCUGCUGGGCAUGAAGAAGCGCGGGUUCGGCGCCGGGCUGUGGAACGGCUUCGGAGGGAAGGUGCAGCCCGGGGAGAGCAUCGAGGAGGCUGCCCGCAGGGAGCUCCUGGAGGAGAGUGGCCUGACUGUGGACACCUUGCAGAAGAUGGGUCAGAUCACAUUUGAAUUUGUGGGCAACUCUGAACUCAUGGACGUUCACAUUUUCCGUGCAGAUCACUUCCAUGGAGAGCCAACAGAAAGUGAGGAAAUGAGGCCCCAGUGGUUUCAGCUGGACGAGGUGCCCUUCCAUCGCAUGUGGCCUGAUGACAGCUACUGGUUUCCCCUGGUGCUUCAGAGAAAGUUGUUUCGUGGCUAUUUUAAGUUCCAAGGACAAGACACCAUCCUGGAGCACAGCCUGAAAGAAGUGGAGGAAGUUUAAGAAAGCAGAAGCAUUCAGCCCACAUGCUACUGCCCACAUUGGGCUACAGCAUCCUGAGUGUGACUUAUGAGGGUCUCAUUCCUCAGCUCGCCGGAACACAAGACUUGUUUUCCAGGUCACUGCAAAGUAAGGGGGUUUCUUAGAGCAGAAAUAGAAGUAACAAGAUUUUCCAUGUUGUCAAGUCCCUAGCUUUGGUGGUUACGUGAUCACAGCUAUUAAAAAAUAAAUUUUAACCCUUUUUAGUGGCUUAAGCUUUUCCCUUAUGGGUAGAUCUUUUUUAUUAUUAUUAUUAAAAAUACUUUUUUAGUAAAAGCAUGUGUUGUUCUAUUAUAAGGAUGCUGUGAAAGCCUUUUGAAAAGUUCA